UUGACGACGCAAAGCUUCAAAUGGGAACGUAUUCAAUUAUCAAAGCCUUCAAAACGAAAUCAAAGUCACUUAAUUUGAGCUCUAGGAAAAUUACACACAUGCCAGACGUUUUUGGGAGACUGACAUGGAUUGUUGUGUUAAAGUUGAAUAAUAAUUGUCUGUCGAGUCUGCCGUCUGAACUAUCGUGUUUGCAGAAGUUGACAGAACUCAAUCUGGGAAACAACGUUCUUGAGGAGAUCCCACUUGUGUUAAAACACCUGAGUGGUCUAAAUAAACUUUAUUUAUACGGAAACAAAAUCAGCCAUUUGCCACCGGAGGUGCUGGAGGGUCUACCAAACCUAGAGCUUCUCAAUUUGAACCACAAUAGAAUCGAGGUCAUUCCUGCAGAAAUAAAGAGGCUGUGUAGUCUAAAAAGCAUCAGUGUCACAGACAAUGGUUUGCAGCAGAUUCCAGCAGAACUGGGCUUGAUGGAGAGAUUGACUGAGAUCAACUUCACCAAUAAUAAACUGACUCGAAUACCACAGCAAUUAUACAAUUUACCACAGCUGAGGAAAUUGUGCUUGGCCCGAAACAACCUGACAGAACUUCCAGAGGGGACUCUUGGGUGGAAAAAAUUGAAGAUCUUGGAUGUUGCUGGAAACUGUUUGUCUGUGUUUCCAGUUGGUUUCCAGUUUCUUUCAUUGGAGGAACUGUUCUUUGAAGGAAACAGUUUAGUCCCAAUCACACUGAUGGAGUCCAUUCAAGAGAAAGAAGUCUUCUCAUUAAAGGAGCUCUCAGCCAGGCUGAUCCUCCAGCAGAGCGCUAGUAAGCUGUCAGUGGUGUCCAGAGCUCUGCCAGCGUACCCCGGGCUGCAGGACAUGCUGUCUCACUGGGGCCAGUGUGCUCUGUGCUCACAGCCCUUCCUCACCACCUGGCUGGAGUGUGUGCAGUUCAUCAACACCAGGAAGCACAUGGGAAUGAAAAGCUCUCAGUCUGUUCCAGUCAGAGUUCUGCUGUGUUCCUACGACUGCUUCAAUAGAGAUGACCAUCAGUACUAUGGGCUUGUACGAUUAUAAAUAAAAAAUGCAUAUUAUUAUUAUUAUAA